AUGUACACAAAUCUAACUAAUAAGAAUGAUACCGCUAAGCGAAACCUCGACAUUCGGAAACGCUACGCAGUGCUUCUGCUUGCCAGGAUCUAUGGGAGCAUCCGGGGACAUCGAGGUAGCCUCUGUCAGAAACUGGGCACUGGGACGGCCCUGUGGGUCUGGCGGCAUGGGGGGCUCCACCUGGCGAAGGGUUCGGGGGAACUGCCUGGCCCUCCGGCCCUGCCCUUUGUCGGAAACCUCAUUCACAUGUUUCAUCCUGAUCUUCCCGUUCAUUUCUUGGAGCUCGCCCGACGCUAUGGACCCAUCUAUCGCCUCCGCCUUGGAAAUAAAGAUGUGGUUGUCUUGAACAGCUCGGAAGCCAUUCGUGAGGCACUCAUGCGGAAAUGGUCUGACUUUGCCGGCCGGCCCCCCAGCUUUAUCGCCGAUUUGAUUUCACUGGGAGGCAAGGACCUAUCCUUGGGCAACUAUACCCCAACCUGGCGGCUUCAAAGGAAACUGGCCCACCUUGCCUUCCAGCACUCCUUGCGGGGAGAUAUGGAGCGAAACGUGCAGAACUACGCCCAGCGCCUCUGCAAGGUUUUUCGCGAUUAUGGUGGGAAAUCCGUGGAUGUGGCUCAUGACUUUUCCCUGCAUACUUGUUGUGUCAUUUCCUCCAUCGUGUUUGGACCUUUGGACAUUGCCGUUGUUGAAGAAAUGCACAACUGUAUGAUCGAGCUAGUUGAAACGUGGGGCGCGGUCCCAGUCAAACUUCUGGACUUUCUCCCCAUCCUCAAGAUCUUCCCCAACCCCACCUUUCGGCAUCUGCUUUCCUGUGUCAAGAGCCGGGACGCCUUUGUCCAAAGCCAGAUGAAAAAACACCAGAUCCAGGAGCAAAUCCAUGAAGAGCUUAUGGCCGUCGUGGGGAUCCAUCGCGAACCCACCUACAGUGACCGGCAGCACUUGCCUUACCUCAGCGCCACCAUUACCGAGACCUUGCGCAUGCGCCCUUCGGCACCUCUUGCUCUCCCUCACAUGACCAUCCGCGAUACCAGUGUGUCCGGCUUCUUCAUCCCCAAGGGCACGACGGUCAUUCCCAAUCUCUAUGGGGCUCAUCAUGAUGAAGGCAUAUGGCAACACCCUCUGGAGUUCAGACCAGGGUUUUCUAGAUUCCUGGAGGAGGAGGAGGAGGAGGAGGCCUCGCUUGAGGCUCAGCGGACUCUGGUGCCAUUCAGCUGCGGGGCACGGGUUUGCCUGGGGGAAGUGCUGGCCCGCAUGGAGGCCUUCCUUUUCCUGGCCCACAUCUUGCGAGAUUUCCAGAUUUUGCCCUCCGUGCCGGGAGAACUCCCUGACCUCCGGGGACGCUUUGACUUCCUGGUUCACUGCAAACCUUUCAAGGUGCGGCUGGUGCCCCGGAGGAGGGUGGCUGGUGCUGCUGAAGGGGGCCUCCACAGACCCGAGGAGCAGAAAUCUGGUGUGUUGCCAUGACUGGCGUGCCAGGCUGGAAUUCGGGAGAAGCAAGUCCACGUCCCCAGAGAGCCACAAAACUCACUGGCCGACCUGUAGCCACUUUUACUCCCUCAGCCUCGUGGAGUCUUGUGAGGAUAACAUAAGGAGGAGCACAGCCCCUUAUGCUGCCUUGAGUUCAUUAGGAGAAAGGUGGAGAAUAAAUGUAACAGUUAAAUAAAAUAUU